AUUGGUUCAUACCUUACACUCUCUCUCUCCCAAAAUUUCUUUUUCCAACUCUCUCUGAAGUUAAACCCAUAUACAUUGUGUAAUUGCCGGCAGUUUUGGACGGAAUAAUGGCCGGAUUUGUGGCCAGCGACAGCGACAGUCCACCAGAUGUGGCUCUACUGGACUUUGUUCGAGAUGUUGUUCGAAUGUCGGCGGGGACGAACAGUCUAAAGGUUUUCAAAAAGGAUUGCACCGAUCUCGUGCGUCGGAUCGUGCUUUUGACGCAUUUGUUUCAGGAAAUCAGAGACUUUAAUGGCGUCCAAUUUCGACCUGUUCAUACAUCUUGCUCUUCUUCUUCUUCUUCUUCUUCUUCUUCUUCUUCUUCUUCUGGGAGUGAUUCAUCUCCGAGUCCGUGGCUGUGUGAUUUGGUGGCGGCAUUGAAGGAUACUAAACGCCUUGUUUUCAUCGCUUCGACUUUCCGGUCCUGCAGUUCUUCUUCUGAGGAAGUUACCAGGAAGAUACUCUUCCAAUUCCAAUGUGUGACGCUGAAGUUAGAGAAUGCUUUGGGAAAUCUUCCUUAUGAUCGCUUUGAUAUAUCAGAGGAAGUUCAAGAACAGGUUGAAUUAGUGAGAGCUCAGAUGAGAAGAGCAGCAGAAAAAUAUGGCUCUCUGACCGCAAUUCCUCCUUCAGUUGUUCAAUCUCAGUUGCUAAAGAAAAACAUGGAUAUGUUGAAUCUGAACAACUGGGCUGAUAACUUUGAUGUUGAGGAGAAUGGUGUUGUUGAUCAUGAGAUUACAGUGAAAUUUGAUGAAUUUCCAAAUUGCAGAGGCUUCAUGAAUAAUGGUGUGGAUCAGCUGAUUUUCGAAGGACUUGAGAAGAAACUUCCAUCCUCCUCAGAGGCUUGUUCUGAUGGACAGGAUGCUUCUACCAAAAAGAGUGGAGAUCAGGUGAAGAACUCAGAUGGAGUUUCAAUACCUGAUGAUUUUUUAUGCCCCAUUUCCCUGGAAAUAAUGAGGGAUCCUGUUAUUGUGUCCACAGGACAGACCUAUGAGAGAUCUUAUGUGCAAAGGUGGAUAGAUUGUGGGAAUACUACUUGCCCCAAAACUCAGCAGAAACUCCAAAACUUGACUCUCACCCCAAAUUAUGUACUGCGAAGUCUUAUUACUCAGUGGUGUGUUGAUCACAAUAUUGAGCAACCGACAGGAUUAACCAAUGGAAAGAUCAAAAAGUGUGAUGGAUCAUACCGUGAUGUGUGUGAGGAGAUGGCAGCCAUUGAAACUCUGGUGCGCAAGCUAACUAGCCAUUCGAUUGCGGAGCAGAGAGCUUCUGUGACUGAAAUUCGAUCUCUAUCAAAAAGAAGCACGGAUAAUAGAAUUCUGAUAGCUGAAGCAGGAGCAAUACCAAAUUUGGUCAAUUUGUUAACUGCUGCUGAUGUUUUAAUACAAGAGAAUGCAGUUACUUCCAUUCUCAACCUUUCAAUAUAUGAGAACAAUAAGGGACUGAUUAUGCUUGCUGGUGCAGUACCUUCCAUUGUCCAAGUUCUGAGAGUUGGGAGCAUGGAAGCGAGAGAAAAUGCAGCAGCUACACUUUUCAGCUUGUCUCUUGCUGAUGAAAAUAGGAUAAUCAUUGGUGCUUCUGGGGCCACUCCGGCUCUUGUGGAUUUACUUGAAACUGGAAGCCCAAGAGGGAAAAAGGAUGCUGCAACCGCACUAUUUAAUUUGUGUAUCUAUCAGGGGAAUAAGGGAAGGGCUGUGAGGGCAGGGAUCAUCCCAGCUCUAUUAAGGAUGCUCAACGUCUCAGGUAACUCCAUGGUCGACGAAGCUCUCACAAUAAUGUCGGUCCUGGCCAGCCAUCAAGAAGCAAAAGUAGCCAUGGUGAAAGCCAGUACCAUACCUGUUCUAAUAGAUCUGCUGAGGACCGGAUUGGCUCGCAACAAAGAAAAUGCUGCUGCUAUUUUGCUUGCUCUAUGUAAACGAGAUACCGACAACCUUUCUUGCAUAAGUAGGCUUGGGGCUAAGAUUCCGCUGACUGAGCUCUCCAAGAGCGGCACAGAGAGAGCAAAAAGGAAGGCUACCUCACUGUUGGAACAUCUUGGAAAACUACAGCAGCUAUAGAAAAGGUGUGGAUUUGUGAACAAGCAUUUUCCAUAUUUUUCCCACUUUGAGUUCCCCACUACUUUACAUUUGACACUUAAUUUUCAGCUCCUUCUUCUCCUUGAUUGUGAUAACAAGGAAUUAGGGAUGAAUGGCUAAUGAUGGCCACUUUCCGUGAAUCUGUUUACUUCAUUCCUUCAUUAUAUUGUACAAGUGUGUAUAAAUUCAUUUAACAAAAAUUCAUUUAACAAAUUUGUGUUAUAACAAGAAGCUACUGUUUGGGAAUA